AUGGCAGCCACAACAACAGCAGCGAACAAAUUACCGCAGCAGCAACACAGACGGCAGCAGCAUCUUCAGUGGAGCGCCUGCAUUAUGAUAGUCGUGUUCGGACUGUUUUCAAUGCUGGCAGGGAACUGUGUCAAUGGGCAAAUCGAUGGCUACACUGCUGGCGAGGAUUACCCCGCCUACGACUCCGUGCCAAAGGGUCUAGCCUUCAAUUGCCAGGGACGCCAGCCGGGUUACUAUGCGGAUACAGAGACGCGUUGUCAGGUCUGGCACUGGUGCCUCCACUCGGGCCAUCAGUACUCCUUCCUCUGUCCCAAUGGAACCGUAUUCAACCAGGCGGUCAGGGUCUGCGACUGGUGGUCGAAUGUGAACUGCGAGGGAUCGGAGCAACUCUACCAGAACAACGACGAACUGUAUCGCAUCCCAGAGCGCCAGCAGCAGCAGAAUGAAGUAUGAUAUGAGGCCGAUGAUGAGUAUAAGAUUGGGACAGCAAACGGAACCAGACAGCGCGGCGGAAGACAGCGGCAAUUUCAAAAGCAACAGCAACAGCAUAAGCAGCAGCAGCAGCAACUGCAACAGCAGCAACAGCGACAUCAAGCAAUCAACAGCAACACGGCAAUCGGCGGAAUCAACAGCAGCAAUAGAAUCGUAGAUAGCAGCAACUACAGUAAAAUGACCAAAAAUAGCUUUAGAGGUAGCAUGAGAUUUACCACACCAAGUACCAAUCCUCAAUCGUCAUACUCAUCAUCACAGCAGCAGCAGCAACAGCAACACAAGCAACAUCAGAAGCAACACAAUUCUAGUAAAAAUAGCGAAAGAAAAUCAAAGCCUAGUAGCGUAAACCAUAGAGAUAGGGAAAGCAACCAAACUAGAUCUAGGAACCGCACUCACAAUACCCCUCAAUCCGGCAAGAAGAACAACAGCAACAGCAGCAGCUCAAGAGGCAAACAGCGAUAUAAUACGAAUAAAUUCGAAAACGACGCGGAGCUCAAGGAUUACAAGAGCAAGAUCAAGAACAAAUACAAUAUCGAUUAUGAUCAUUCUUUGGAUGAAGAAUAUGAAAUAAUCGAGGCCAUCGAAUGA